AUGAGGAAUUUUUUCACGUUAUUUUUUGCAGCCAUAUUUUCGCUUGGAGCACUUGUACUGGCCAUUGUGGCAUGUGCAGGUUCGACGAAAAACUACAGUCCCAUAAAUAAGAUUUACUGCGCGGAAUUGGAUCUGUCGCAGAUGGAGGUAUCGACGGUUCUCCCCUCUUUAGAUUCUGGUACGCUGUCGUCGUUGGGCUUGCCCACGUAUAUAAAUAUAGGCCUUUGGUCAUACUGCGUGGAGGACUCCUCGCGCAACGUUCAAUCCUGUUCCUCGCCUAGCGGUAUCCAAAAAUUCAACCUAACGUCAUUAAUAUAUGACAAUAUCGAAAAUAACGACGCUUUAGAGCUUAUAGACUCAAUGGCCGCUGUCAUUUUGCCCGAAAAAAUAAGGAGUAAGAUGACGUAUUAUAACAAUUUGGUCAAGUGCAUGUUCAUCACCAUGAUCAUUGGUAUUGUUUUGAGCUUUGUCAGUCUAGUGUUCAAUAUUCUGCGCUGGAUCAUUCAUAUUAGGCCGUUAGUGUGGGGUGGUGCCUUCUUUUCGUUCUUUGCGUUUGCAGCGCUAUUAGUCAGUAUAGGUUCAUGUUUGGGUACUUACUUGUACAUCAAACAUAUUCUGAAACAUGAUUUCAGCGACUACGGCAUUGCCAUGAACAUCGGUAGGACUUAUCAAGGUUUGAUGUGGGGGGCCGUCGUUGGAGCCUUGUUCAACUUCAUUCUAUGGUGUAGUGUGAGAUCGAGGCCGAGUGUCAUAUAUGCGAAUACUCCAAUCGAGGAAAAGCCACUGAUUUGA